AUGUUCAUAGAUAGAGACAGCAUAAAAUACUUUAAUACAUACCUCAUUUUCGUACCUUUCGAUUUGCAUUGUACUAACCUUGCGUAUACAUAA